AUGCCGAUCCCUUCUGGUCCUUGGGAACAAGUGGCCAUCGACUUCAUGACAGGACUGCCUCCGGUCGAGCUCGAAGGGAUGAUGGUUGCUCAAAUCAUGGUGGUCACUGACACUUGGGGCAAGAUGGUCCACCUGAUUCCCCUCCCAGCCGAUGCCGACUCGGAGCUCGUUGCCGAGAAGUACUACGCCACCGUCUUCCGACUGCAUGGGAUGCCUUCCGCCAUCGUUUCCGACCGUGAUCCCAAGUUCACCUCGCAGUUUUGGCGGGCAUUGCAGGCAAAGAUUGGCACCGUCUUGCGAAUGUCAACCGCGGCACACCCGGAGACGGACGGAUCGAGCGAGAAUCGGAUCAAGAUGGUCACCCAAACCCUGCGGAUCAUGGUCUCGUCAAACCACGAGGCUUGGGCAUCUCGUCUUGUUGAAGCUGAGUUCGCUCUUAACUCUUCUGUUGCUGUGUCCACGUCGCUGUCGGCUUUUGAGGCAACCUACGGCUACCUUCCUCGAUGCUGGCCCUCGGAUUCCUGGUCUGUCUCGGACGUCCCUCGUGCGGAAGCGUUUGCUCGGAUCCGACAAUUACGGAACCUCGACGUGACGGAUGCGAUCAUUGGAGCACGCCUCAACCAGUCCCAUCAGGCCAACAAGCAUCGACACCCAGACGACCCCGCCUUUCAGACCGGCAGUUACGUCUAUCUUUCGACAAAGAACCUGGCAGUUCCUGACGGCAUGAAGUCGAAGUUGUUGCCGCGCUACAUCGGCCCCUUCCGUAUCCGAGCGGCCAUCCCUGCGACGUCCAGCUACGACCUCGAGCUCCCUCCAGCGAUGUCGCGAGUGCACAAUCGUUUCCAUGCUCGACUGCUUCGGCCUUGCGUUGAGAAUGAUGCUGAAAGGUUUCCUGGGCGUGACCCCGCAGUUCUUUUUGUCGAAGACGUAGCCGACGCGGCCAACAAUUCUGCGAUUCCGGAACGGAUUGUUCGCGAUCGGCGGAACGCUCGGGGCGCUCGUUCGUUCUUGGUUCGAUGGGUAGGCCGUAACGACACCGACGAUACUUGGAUGUCAGAGCAGUCCAUUCGCCUUGACCAUCCGUCCGUCCUCGACGCCUACCUCGCGCGCCUCGAUCGCUCGAACCGCCGCCUCGCCGCACGGUAUGUCAGGAGCACAGCCUGCACUGCCAUCAAUACUCGAAGGAAGUCUCCCAAGUUUGCGGCCGGAGUCGACAUCAGCUACCGGUUUGUUCGUUGCAAGCAUUGUCGGCGCGAUGGUGUAGUCGUGAGGGCGCGCGGGCGCGCACUCAGUGGUCGAGGGUUCGAUCCGCCCGGAGCGUGA